AUGGCGAAACCGUAUCCUCAAGUUAUCCUCCUGGGGGACUCUCUGAUCGAAUUUACGGCUCUCACCCUGAGCGGUUUCUCGUUCCAGUCGGCUCUUCAAACACGGCUGAUACGACGCUUCGACGUGGUUAACCGCGGCUUCUCAGGAUGGAACACAGCAAACGUGGUCAAGUAUUUGCCCGAGAUUUUCUCAGAGCCAUCUGAUUCGUCACCAAAGAUUGCGUAUCUGCUUGUUCUCUUGGGCGCAAAUGACGCAGUUCUUCCUCUGGAGACUACCUCGCAACAUGUCCCCAUUGAAACAUACAAAGAGAACUUGAAUAAGAUCAUCAACGAUGCUCGGGUACGGGCGCACAACCCCAAGAUCCUGCUGGUGACGCCUCCUCCGGCGGAUGAAAUCAGGCUCAAGGAGUUAGACAUGGCACAGGGCCACGCCCAAGCGAUCCGAAGCUCGGCCGUAUCUGCGUCGUAUGCAGAGAAAGCCCGGGAGGUAGCCCGCGAGAACCCCGGCGUGGUUUUGAUUGAUCUCUGGCAGGCCAUUAUGGGCGAGGCGAUUUCCCUGGCUCCCGGAGAUUAUCAGCCUGGAGGUCCGUGGCUGGGGUCACCAGAAAAUGGGAAGCAGGGGGGCCUGGCCACGCUUCUUCCGGACGGACUUCACAUGAGCGGAGAAGGCUACAAGGUGUUUUUCGACGAGAUCAAGGCGCACAUUGGGCAAGACAUUGUUGCCGAUGAGAGGGGAGACUAUGUGCUGCCCGACUGGCGAGUGGUGAACCCUCCCAAGGUGGCUCUGGCUCCUCCUGUGCGCGUCUCCCUAGAAUAG